AUGGGCGCAGAUUUUAGUAAAUUGAAACUCAUUGGUUGGAUUCAUUUUGCACUGUUAGUGCUCUCAAUUCUUGCUGAAGCAGAAGCAAAGUCUCCCACUGGUGGAUAUAGCCCUGGUUAUGUUAGUUGUCCUUCUGAAAACAUUGUUCGACCUGCUGAUGACAUUUCAGAAAGUGAACGAGCAUAUAUUGAGGGCCGCAUGGAAACUGCCCAAAAGGCUCUUAAAGACUUUGUUGCUCGUCAGAACCUCAAAGACAUCAACGUUGAUGACUUUUUCAGCUUGUCAGGUGGUCCUAAUGAACGUCCCAACACCGCUGUUGGUGUUGGCUUGGCCGUAUCUGGAGGUGGAUACCGGUCCCUGAUGAUUGGCGGAGGUGUGAUUUCAGCUCUUGACAACCGCGACCAACCGGGGAUGCGCAGAGGUGUUCUUGCUGGGUUGUUACAAGGUAUGACACAUUUUUCGGCCUUGUCAAGUGGCAGUUGGUUGUUAGGAUCCAUGUAUCUGAACGACUUUAAGACGAUUGCUCAAUUGCGCCAGUCAAACAGAAUCUGGCAUUUUGAAAAUAACAUGUUGUUACCCAAUAAUGGUAACAACUUCUUCUUGUCAGAUGGACUUUUUUACAGCACUGCAGGAGCACAAAUGGGGACCAAAGUGGCAUCCGGGUACGGUGUGACAAUGACUGAUUUGUACGGACGUCUCAUUUCUCGCAUGUUUAUUGAUCGAGAUGGAAACAACAACAACAACAACAAUAAUAAUAAUAAUGGUGGUGGCUCGGCAGCCUUGACUUGGUCUGAUAUCACAACCAUGGACUACUUUUACAAUCAUAUUGCACCGUAUCCCAUCAUGUCAGCAAUUAGCCGAGUUAACGGUAGCAAUGAUGAUGUUGGACCUAACUCGACACUUAUAGAGAUUACACCUCACGAGAUUGGAUCCUUUGACUCGUCUCUUCAUUCUUUUGCUAAGCUCAAGUACUUGGGCACCAAUUUGGAAAACAAUAAGGUCAAACAGAAUAAUAACAACAAUAAUAACAAUGGGGAUCGCCGGUGUGUGGGUGGUUACGAUAAUGCCGGGUUAAUGGUUGGAGCUUCUUCAAACAUCUUCAACAAGGUAUUACAACGUCUUUCUCAGUCUAAUAAUUUUUUUAUUGCGGCAAUGGGCACGUUUGCAUCGAUGGUAUUUGAUCCUACUAACUUGGAUGUUGCUUUGUUUCAACCCAACCCGUUCUACAAGUACCAGAAUCCGACAUACAGGCCGACAUCUGAUUCUAUAUUCAAGCAGCAGUACUUGGGUCUUACCGAUGGUGCCUUUGGUGGAGAGAACGUUCCUCUUUAUCCGCUAUUGUACAAGCCUCGUGGACUAGACUUGAUUGUUACAGUUGAUGUUUCUGGUGAUACACCAAUCCACUGGCCUGCAGGAGUCUCGCUUAUUAACACAUAUGCACGAGUAUCUGGAAACAUCAAGAAUUCGGAAGAGGGUACAGGAAUCAAUCCAGCGACAGGAGCGCACUAUCAGCAGAAGCAUUUUAUGCCUCGCGUUCCUGAUGAAAACUCGUUUGUGAAUUUGGGUCUUUCUACUCGGCCGACCUUUUUUGGAUGUUAUGCCAUGGACUAUAUGAGUGAUGAUGAGAUGAAGCACCGAGACUUUAGUAAGGUUCCUCCUAUUUUGCUAUACAUGCCCAACACACCCAUGUCGUAUAUGAGCAAUAAGGACACAUUCCAGUUUACUUAUGAGAAGGAGGAGACUGAUAAGAUGUUCCAGAAUGGGUUUGAUAUGGCGGAUCAGUCAUUUUCAGGAGGAGAUCCUAAUUGGGGCAAGUGUGUUGCGUGUGCGACAAUCCAGCGUGAACGUGAACGUCAGGGCAAGUUUGAGCCUACAGAUGAGUGUGGGGCAUGUUUUGACAAGUAUUGCUGGAAUGGGAACCUUGAUCCACGCGACUACCAAAGCACCAAGUUGCACAACAAUCCCACAGUGAAUCAUCGUUAA